GUUACGUCACCGAAGUGCGACAGAGUCGCCGACCGAGCCGCCGGCGCCUGCGGGUCUGAGCGGCUGGCGCCGCCGGGAGCGCGAUGCCUUGAACUUGGGAAACUAUGUGAAGCAAUACUCUUUCUGGAUUCUGAAAGACGUCAUUUCAUCAUGGGACAGCAAAUUUCAGAUCAAACCCAAUUGGUUAUUAGCAAGUUACCAGAAAAAGUAGCAAAGCACGUCAUGUUGGUUCGAGAAAGUGGCUCCUUAACAUAUGAAGAAUUUCUUGGGAGAGUAGCUGAACUUAAUGAUGUAACUGCUAAAGUGGCUUCUGGCCAGGAGAAACAUCUUCUCUUUGAGGUACAACCUGGAUCUGAUUCCUCUGCCUUUUGGAAAGUGGUUGUACGGGUAGUGUGUACCAAGAUUAACAAAAGUAGUGGCAUUGUGGAAGCAUCGCGCAUCAUGAAUUUGUACCAGUUCCUUCAGCUUUAUAAAGACAUCACAAGUCAAGCAGCAGGUGUAUUGGCCCAAAGCGCCACUUCUGAAGAACCUGAGGAAAACGCAUCCUCUGUAACGUCUUGUCAGGCCAGUCUUUGGAUGGGAAGGGUGAAGCAGCUGACUGAUGAGGAGGAGUGUUGUAUCUGCAUGGAUGGGCGGGCUGACCUCAUCCUGCCUUGUGCACACAGCUUUUGUCAGAAGUGUAUUGAUAAAUGGAGUGACCGACACAGGAAUUGCCCUAUUUGUCGCCUGCAGAUGACUGGAGCAAAUGAGUCUUGGGUAGUAUCAGACGCGCCUACUGAAGAUGAUAUGGCUAACUACAUACUAAACAUGGCUGAUGAGGCCGGCCAGCCCCAUCGGCCAUGACCUGGGGAGAAGAUAUGCUGCCGUUGUGGGCUACACCUGCUUUGGUCAUGGAGGAAGAAUAUUGUGGCACAGAUACAGCAAAAUACAUUUCCCCACCUUCUUAUUUUUGCUAUUCUCACAAUAUGUCCCAUGUUUUUUAUAAACGCUCCAUGUCUUCCAUUAUUCAAGCUAAAAUUUGCUACUGUUUUAGACCCUGUUUAUUUGUUCUAAAGUGUAUUAGAACGAACUGCUCUUGAAUCCUCUGCUAGCAAGUAAUAGCAAUAUUUCCAGAGGCCUUGAACACAGUCUUUCAGGGCAAGAGUAUUCUGGAAUCUUUAGGUCUAAAAUAAACCUUGGAAUUAAAAUUUUUAUGAGAAAAUGUUAAAUAACAAAAUGGACCACAUCAAAGUACGUGUUACUUAAAAUUUUAUCUUUCUGCUGGACUCUAAGGAGUAUGUAUGCCCCCUUGUGGUUAAUUAUUACUUUACUCACUUUUACUUGAAUGAUCUAUCCACAGUUAAUUCAUGGCUUCAGCAGUGUGUUUUGGAGCUACCUGUUUUUCACUUCAAAAGGUGGUGGUGGUGGUUUUUGCCCUGUUGUGUGAACGGGACGAGUACGGUGGAGCCGGGCAGGCCUGCCUGUGAGCAGACUGCUCCGGGCGCCUCUCCUCACUGCUCCGGGAGUGUCCCCACAGCUGGGCCACCGUUCUCAGGGCUUCUGAGGAUGCUCACACACGUGGAGUUUCAAAAGGAAAUUUUCCCUCAUCACAAACACUAAGUUUUACAUUCAAAGUCAUUCACAAUAUUGGUUUGUGGCACUCGUAUUUUCUCAAUUUGAAGGGGUGUUUCUGAGUUUUCCUAGCCCUCAAAUUUCAUAGAUUGAGAGGAGAAAAUAAGUGAGGCUUUUCUUUUACCAUAUACUAUAAAACACCUCUGAAAAUUACUAAUGUGGCUUUCUUACUGUUUACUUCUUUGAAAGUCUCUGAAAAAAAUAUAUCUGCAGUAGCACAUCAGCCAUUUUAAAAAAUUUUUGUCUAUUAUUAAGUAAAAUUUUUAACAUUAGCAUUUAAGUAUAUAAUAAAACUAGGGCCUGACAUCUCCUUUUAACUUUCCAUGUAACUUUCCUGACCUCCUUCUGAUAACUUACAAAUAUUAUUUUCCUAAAUACCCAGGGAUACAGUUUAAAUCACUGCUUAUUAAUGACAGUUUUUAAAUGCUAGACUUUUAAUAGGUGUGCAAAUAAAACCCAUUUCAAAGAAAAAUAUCUGUAUAAAGGUAGCUCAGUUUUGCUCCCGAAAUAGUAAAGUUAACCCAACAUUCAUGAUGAGGACUGCUAAGCACCAAAUGGUUAAGUGCUCACUAUGGAUAUUGAUGUUAUACCAAUGUAGCAAUGCACUUGUUGGUUGUGUGAUCUUGAGAAAGCUGCUCAUAUUUGUAAGUUCCUGCUUUAGGAACUGAGAUGUCAUCUGUGGUUUUCCCAACAUUUCAGCACUGGAGCCUUCCCCCUCCCUGCCCCAGGUAAAAAUCUCAUAUAGAAUCAUAUACACAUGGAUAUACACACACCCUAUCCCACCAUAUAUAAAAGAUUUCAUGAGCCCAGCUUUUCUCAUAUCAACUUUAUAUACUGUAAUAGCUAAGUAUUAAGUCAGCCAAUGAAAACAGAAUAAAAUGUUGUAACGUAAUACAAGUAACAAGUUUGUAUGAUGGGAAUUAAUUUUCUUUUUCAAAAAAUGUUGCUUUUUUUUAAUUCAGGUCAAAUUUACAGAACCCUGGAUUUCCUCCACUAAUUCUUGGUAUUCCAUGGAAGGUGAUUUGGAAACUUUGAGAGGGAGGAUCCUCUGAGACCUUUUCUAGCUCUAGGAUCUUCAGUUAUCAUUUGGAAUUAGACCUGCUGAGUUAAUUCAGAUCACCUAACUUGAAAAUGCUCUUGAAAAUGCACAAAGUUCCUUUACAGGUUUUUGGAUCUUUCCAGAUACAGCAAAGGAUUUUAUCCCUCAGAAUCAUUCAUCUGUCAAGGAAUUGUUGGUCAGCAAGCCCAGUGACUUGAUCUUGCCCGGCCUUCUUCACUUUACAAUAUGAACUCCAAGACACUAACUGAUCUACUGUGAAGUACAAAGUGUUUUUCUUAGCCUUAUCAAAGAAAUGAGCACAGUUCUCUCUCACUCCAUUAAACUGGGUGGUAAUUCUUAGAUGUGAAUAUUGGGCAGGUUCUACUGUAAUAACUAAUGGUGAAAGUUGUAAAUUUGUUUCAUAGAUGAAAUGUGCACUCUUUGUAAAGCUUUGUCUUUUUUAAAAUCAAGUAUUUAAAUGCACUUACUAUGAUAGGAGAUAUAAUGUGUGCCUUCUAGGAUUUGUGAAAUAGUCUCAUGAAAUCUAAGGAAUUUGUUUUAUAGGUCAUAAAGUUUUUUUUCCUAACUCAAUAGUAAAGAGUUUACUUGUAGUAUAAUGCUGCAAAACUGUAGCUUGAGAAAAUGAGUUUGUUAUGUACUGAAUUUAGAGGUUGAGAAUAUUAGUUUGGUUUUAUUCUUAGAACAAACUGAUAAAUUGUGCAAUAACUAAUCUUUAGCAAGUAGAUUUUAGCUAAUUGAAGAUUUUUUUCUUACCAUGUAAUUUCACAUUCUUACAUACUAAAUGUUUAUAAUCCUUAGAGGACUAUUUUAUAUUGUGCUCUGGGGGGUUGUGAUGUUUGUGUGCUGUGUAGAAUUCAUUUCAAAUUGGAUGUGAUUCCCUAUAUUUAAUAUCUAUUCAGAUAAUUAAAAAAUUGCUGAACCAAAAGAUAUUUUCAAGCAACUUAACAUUAGGAAAGUUGGGUUCAUUAAAAGGCAUUUCAAUUUGCAUUUUCAA